CUCCUAAUUUCCUUCUCUCAUAAAAUAUUCAUUUCAACUCAGUUCAGUAAAUGGGAAUAAACCUUAAGACUAUUUGAGAACUGAAAUAUAUAAAAGUACUUUUAACAGAAAAAAAAAAAUUAAUCAAGUGAAAUCUAAUUACAUCCUCCCUUGAAAAUUCGGACAACUAACCAACUAUUCUAUGAUCCUCUCAUGAGUCUCAUCUCUUCCAAAUCUUGUCCAUGGUUUUCAUUACAAAAGGAUAUAUCAUAGUAUCAUACCAUAUUACUUUAUUACAGCAAGUGAGUCCAAAAGAGUGUCAAAAUUCCACUCUCCUAAAUAUUUUCAGACUAUCUCAUCCCUCCAUUUCACCAUCCUCCUUUUAGCUGCAUGCAAAAACACCCAAAAAAGUCGCACCUUUUUUUAUCCUUCUUAAAUAAUCCUCAUUUCUCAACAAAGUCUUCCCCUUUUACUUGAAUUAUUUUAAUCACAACCCAUUACACUUUCUCAGCUAUUUCACUUCAAUCAAUUCUUAAUUAUUGCAAUUGGGUUGUUUUUAAUUUUAAUUUUGGUGGCCUCAUUUUACAGUUCAUAAUUUGGGUGUUGAUAUUUGGUAUAAGAUAAUCAAUUCCGCGUAUCCUUGCCGUGUCGAUUUUCUCCCCCUUUUCUCUUCUUCAUCACUUGCACUUUGUCUUUUUUGUCGACUUCAGUCAUUUUCAGAUCUAAUUUCUGACUCCUGUCUUCCUCAUUUUGUUGGCGGAUCUCCUGAAAAUUCAAUUUGGUAGGUACAACCUAUAUUUUGAUUUUCAUCAUAUGAUUGGUAGAAGAAAGAAGAAAAAUCGGUGAAUUUUAAUUGAGGAAUUUGAAGGGGUUGUUUGGCUGAAAAUGGCGACAAGAGAAGAUACGAGAAGACAGAAUAAUCAACAGCAUGAACUCAUACCACUAGCUGCAUUAAUUAGUAGAGAAUUGAAGAGUGAGAAGAUGGAAAAACCAUCUGUUAGCUAUGGAUAUGCUGAGAAAGCUAAGAAAGGGGAGGAUUUUUACUUGGUUAAAACUGAUUGUCAGAGAGUUCCUGGCAAUUCUGCUUCAACAUUUUCAGUUUUUGCUAUUUUUGAUGGGCAUCAUGGAAAUGCUGCUGCUAUAUACGCUAGGGAUAACUUACUGAAUCAUGUGUUAGCUGCGAUGCCUCGAGAGCUUGGUCGUGAUGAAUGGCUUCAUGCCUUACCUAGAGCACUAGUCGCUGGAUUUGUCAAAACUGACAAGGAAUUCCAGCUUAAAGGGAAAACUUCAGGAACCACAGCCACUUUCGUAAUUGUAGACAGAUGGACAGUUACUGUUGCAUGUGUUGGUGAUUCCCGCUGUGUAUUAGAUAUACAGGGAGGUGCAGUUUCAGAUUUAUCUGUUGACCAUAGGCUGGAAGACAAUGAGGAAGAGAGGCAGCGUGUAAUAGCUAGUGGUGGUGAAGUUGGGAGGCUAAGCAUUGUUGGAGGUGUAGAGAUUGGGCCUCUCCGUUGCUGGCCAGGGGGCUUGUGCCUUUCUAGGUCAAUUGGAGAUGUGGAUGUGGGAGAAUUCAUAGUUCCAAUUCCACAUGUCAAACAAGUUAAGCUAUCAAAUUGUGGUGGGAGGCUCAUAAUUGCAUCAGAUGGCGUUUGGGAUGCUUUAUCAUCAGAGAUGGCUGCAAAAUCAUGUCGUGGUUUGCCAGCUGAUCUUGCUGCCAGGCAAGUUGUCAAGGAAACCCUAAGGACAAAGGGACUCAAGGAUGACACAACGUGCGUAGUUGUUGACAUAAUCCCACCUGAAAAUGAUGUAACACUAUUGCCACCUCCUAAAAAGCAGAACAAACUUAAAGCUUUAUAUUUCUGGAAGAAGCUCCUUAACUAUACAAACAAAUCAUCGAAGAAGUUAUCACCUUUAAUUAUCGUGGAAGAGCUAUUUGAAGAAGGAUCAGCUAUGCUUGCAGAAAGAUUGGGAAACGAUGAUUCCUCUGCUCAAUCAGCCUCUGGUUUCAACUGUGCUAUAUGUCAAGUUGACCUUGCUGCAAAUGAAGGCAUCUCAGUCCAUGCUGGCUCCAUUUUCUCCACCUGCAGCAAGCCUUGGCAAGGUCCUUUCCUCUGCAGUGAUUGCCGAGACAAGAAAGAUGCCAUGGAAGGAAAACGCCCUAGCGGUCUCAAAAUUAUGUAAUCCAUAUUCUCUCCAACGUUAUUAGUUGUUAUACCUACCAUUCAAUUCUUUUAAUUCUUAAUUCAUUUGGUAGGCGAUUCUUUUAGGUAGUAGUUAGCUUUAACUAGUACACCUAGUAUAUAUGUAAUCUUUAGAAAUAAUUGAUCAUUGGCUGUAGUUAUGGUUGUAGAAUCAAUCUAGAUGAGAUUUGAGGUUGAACUUUUGUGUUCAGCUGUGCUUAAAGCCUAAAGGCUUAAUAUUCUUCAUGUACAUAGAUUCUAUGGUACAAGUGCUAAUCUGCAUUAUUAUUAUUCUUUAAA